CAGUCCUACAGCGGCGACUUCACCUGGUUCGACGUCGGCAUGGGCGCCUGCGGCUUCACCAGCACCUCUGACCAAGACGUCGUCGCCGUCUCGCACGUCCUCUUCGACAAGGUCAGCACGGGCAACUCCAACACCAACCCGCUGUGCAAGAAGAUCAUCUACCUUAUCGGCGCUGAUGGCAACACCUACCCCGGCGAGAUUGUCGAUCGUUGCCCCAGCUGCGCCGAAGGCAGCUUGGAUCUCUCGGAGAGUUUCUUCAAGAAGGUUACGAGCAAUGGUGAUGGGAGGGUGUUGAAUAUGAAGUGGCAUAUGUAG